AUUAAUAUCUCCCUGCGUAAAUGUCACCAUAUCUAAACUGGACUUAUUUCUGGAGAGCCAAUUAUCCAGAGGAAUAAACAUUUACUGUCUGCAGCCAAAUAAAGAGAAAGCAUGAUGGCGCAAUUAUGAAAAUGACUCAGAUUCAGCCGGAAACGACACUAUUUACGACUAAUUCUGUUAAUUUUUCCGACCUUUGACACAUGCCUGACACUGAGGAAAGCAGCUCUGUUAAUCCGCGCUUUGGAAACCUGCUUGUGACUCAUUCAUAGGCUACCCCCGCGGCCGUCCCGUCCCUCCGCCAGCAGGACUGCAGGGGCCACUUCAUUCUCGGAAUCACCGCCUCGGGACCGUAUGGAGACCAAGUUCUGCGUCUGGCUAUAUCUGGCUACUCUAUGUCCUGGACCAGAUUCUAAAAUCAUUCAGAGCAGCAGACACUACCUUUGCCCGUGUGGGGAUAUAAAACAUGCGAAACCAAAGUCAGGUAGUCUCAGUCGGUGCCCACAAACUCAAACAGGGAACUCCCUCGACGUGUUCAGGCUGUUUUCUCCGCUAAGCGCACACUCCUCCAGCGCCUGUGAACAUGCCUCCGGGUCUGCCUGCCUCUAAAGCCCUCUACAUAGGGAUGGAGGUGGUGAUCGCCCUGUCGUCGGUCAUCGGGAACGUGAUGGUGGUCUGGGCUGUGCGUAUUAACCGGUCUCUGAGAGACACCACGUUUUGUUUCAUCGUCUCCCUGGCCUCGGCUGACAUUGCGGUCGGCGCUCUUGUCAUCCCGCUCGCCAUAACCAUCAGCAUCGGACUCCAGACGCACUUUUACAGUUGCUUGCUGGUCGCCUGCACAGUGCUCGUCCUCACUCAAAGUUCAAUCCUGGCACUGCUGGCCAUAGCCAUCGACCGCUAUCUGAGAGUCAAAAUACCCAUGAGCUACAAGCGCGUGGUGACCCCUCGGCGAGCUGGCACGGCCGUGUUAUUGUGUUGGCUGGUGUCCAUCAUAGUGGGCCUCACGCCCAUGUUGGGCUGGAAUAACCUGCAGAGUCUCCGUGACAAUGGCUCCCUGAUCACUGAUGACCUCUUGGUAACCUGUGAGUUUGAGACAGUCAUCAGCAUGGACUACAUGGUCUACUUCAACUUCUUUGGCUGGGUGCUGCCCCCUCUGCUCCUCAUGCUGGUCAUCUAUGUUGAGAUUUUCUACAUGAUCCACAAGCAGCUGAACAAGAAGGUGACAGCUAGCCACACAGACCCCAGCCGUUACUUUGGCAAGGAGCUCAAGCUGGCCAAGUCGCUCGCACUUGUUCUUUUCCUCUUUGCAGUCAGCUGGCUCCCUCUACACAUCCUCAACUGCAUCACCCUCUUUUGCCCCGCUUGUGAUAAGCCAAUGUUUCUCAUUUACAUCGCCAUCAUCCUCACCCAUGGCAACUCGGCCGUGAACCCCAUCGUUUACGCUUUCCGCAUCAAGAAAUUCCGCACAGCAUUCCGGAAAAUUUGGAAACAGUAUGUGCUCUGUCAGGAUCCAGUCGGUCGUCUCCCUCAAAGAGGGAGCCAGAGAGGACAAAGUCAUGAGAGGAGGCUGAGGCAGAAUGAUGAUGACGAUGAUGAUGUGUGACCUUUGGCAACUAAUUGGAUUGCUGUGUAACUGUUAAGUUUCACUCCACUGGUUCACAGAAUGGAGAAGAAGUUAUUUUCAUGCUUAAGGAAUUACCAGUCAAAACGACCUUAAUAGCAUCAAAGGAUGUCAGAGGGAUGAAAUAGAUGAGGGAACUUCAUCGUGGACUAACUGAUUUCCUCCAUCCAACAAAAUGUCUGAGGACAAGACGACAAAGCGUGGAGAUGGGAUAGACAUCCUAAAUCAGACUUUGAUUUAAAUAAGACUUAUAUAUUGUCUAUUUCUCCACUGGCUGACAAAAUGAUGAUGAUGUCGUAUGGGAUAAGGGGCUUCUCAUCCGUUUCAACACCAACCUGUUGAACUUGAAUCAGUAAGUGUAUAUCUGUAGCGCACGCGGUACAAUAGUAGUGUAUGCUCUACUGCAUUUUUGACCUGAUAUAAAACUCAUGGCCUUUUUCCACGUGAAUGAACUCAAAUUGUUAAGCAUUGUAUUAUGCUCUACAUUUACAUGCUAAGUUCUGUGGCCUUAUGGACAGAAAAUCUAAUGAAGAUGAACUAGGCAUUGUGUUAAUUGUAUGAAUCUGGUUAACCAGUGGUGGGGAAGCAGGAAGUUUGCGCGACCAACUUGAGAUGGACCAGGAGACAGGACACUGUAUGCUGGCUGCAUGGAUGUCAGAAUGUAAAAUGUCCUCACUUGGAAUUAAAGCCCAGGAUCUUUGGUGCAAUGAACCUCUGGUUUACCUACUGCGCUAAUAUCAUUAGACUAAUAGCCUUUACAGAUGUGAGGUGCAAUCCAGUGCAUGUGAAGGUUAAGUUUUUUGACUUUUCUGAGACCAUUUGACUGACAGAAUAACUAGUACUAGCUAAUAGUUGUAGCCAAAAAAAGCAUCCAUGCUAAAAGAAAAAUUACUUGACCUAUAGUAACUAUAUAACAGUAGCUGAAUAAUUUUGUUUGGAUGGAGGACUGUGAAUCUAAAGAAUGUUGGAGCUAAGCUUAACUUGAUCUGGGUGAUAAUCAUUUUUACCCUACAAUGUACCUCUGCCAGGCACUUUCAAACUUCUUGCAGGUGGGAACAUUAAAACAUUUUCCCCCUGUUUCUUUGUAAUGAAGUAGAUAUACCAAUGUAGCAUCAUUACAUCCUCCCUGACCAGUAUUGCCCUUCAGAAUGAGUGAGAUUUGACAAGAAAAAUACAUGUUGACACGGGACUGCUGACACAUAUAAUACGUACUGUAUGUAACUAAUACAUGUAUAAAGGUUAAUGGAGGCUACUGUAUAAAAUUCAACUCACUGAGCAGACAGUUGUUUAUCUCUUACAUGUCCUCUUACAGCUGUGGACUGAUUGCCUAGAUUGGGAAAUCCACCCUCAAAACAUGUCAUUUGAUUUUUUUUUACAACAUAGAUAAAUGGAGACAAGAAUGUAAGCAAAAAUGUAAUGGCAUAGUGAGCCCUGAUUUACAUUCAUAACGCUGUAUGUGCAUUAGCAGGUCACUCUGCUUCAUGACAGAAAUAGCAUCUCACUUUCUCUCCACGCUUCUCUGUAUCAAGGCUAAAGCCAUCAGUGGUGGGAGGUCAUUUUUCGUCUGCACACAUCGAUCUUCUGUCUCACGGCAGAGGUCUGGCUCAUGUACGAAUAAGUGAGUAGGUUAUGAGGGUGUGGGAGUCCAGGGGUGAAGUUGGACAAGAUGGAAGAAUUGUUCCGUUUACAAGGGAACCAGAAGGCAAGAGUGCAGCUGAGGAACUCAUCAAGAGUUUAAUCUCUCAACAUUAAGGCCAGCCAGAUGCUUUCCCAACAAAUAAAGAGGCUUGUUAAUGUGACCUUAUUGAGACCUCUGACUUAACCUGCUGUGGAAUUGUGUGUUACAACAUACACACACACACACACACACACACACACACAUCUUCAUCAGACAAGUGGACUGGAUUUUCAAUGCUGCUUUUGUAACGUUUCUAUGUGAUUCUUUUCUCACUUUGUGCUUAUGUGAAAUGCCCCUAAAGCCACUAUGUGUAGAAUUUUAUAUUAUACAAGGCAUAUACAAGAUAUUAGAGCGUAAUUCAAAUUAUUAUGAUGCCGUUUAUGAGUUGCUUUCAGCCCAUGCAUUCUUUGUCCUCAUGUCGGCCAAUACAUGUAUUGGGGAUGGGGGAAUUACAAACACAGUCUUUUUUGAUACUACCGCAGGGGGCACUAAAUUAUGAAAUUUUUAUUUUUCAUAUAGUGGCUUUAAGUUUUGUUUACUUUUACUGAACUGGUGUGAUAAAUUAAACUUGAUUUGUGCAAUAUUCUCAGAUGUACAUUAAUAAUAUCAAAAGAAAAACUGUAGCUUAGAUAUCAUAUAUGUAGACUGUUAAUCAGAAUCAAGUACUGGUGGCUAAAAGCAAUACGUGCUAAUAUGGUGAUAAAUCUGUAAUUAUGAAGGAAUAAAUACGUCAAUAGAUGUAGUCAAAACACAGAAAGCAGACUCUUUAUCUCAGCUGAAUAAGUACAUUGUGUGAAUACAGUUGGUGUUAACUGCUGUGCUGUUGGAAAACACACUUUUCCAUCAAACACAAGAGGAGAGAAAGAAAAUAAAGUUGCUUUUAUCAUGGACGCUGACUCCAAAGAAUUUGAUGACAGAAGUCAUCAAGUAAUUUUGAAAAUGAACUGAAGUGGUUUGCAGGUUGUAACAACACAACGUCAUGUCUCUUUUGGUAAAUACGCACCUUCAUACAAGUCAGGACAAGUUUGUUUAUAAAGCCUGAAAUCACAGGUUUGUCCAAGUAUAAGACAUACAAACACAUAGGGCAGUGUCCAUUAUUAAAUACUGUUACAUUUGAUUUUUUAUAAACUGAUGUCAAGGA